AUGGUCGUCACCGAAGUCUAUGGGGCGGCUGAGAAAAUCCUUGGAUACACCCAGCGACGCCGCAGUGACUGGAUCAGCGGAAGAACCCCGCAGUUGUCUGCUCAGACGGCUAGAGCCAGGUCGCGCAACGAUGACCGCUUCCGCCAACUUCGGAAGAUGACGGCGAAGUCGGCUAGGGAUGACCGGAAACAAUAUUGGGCUGAAAUAGCGACGUCCAUGAAACAGGCCUCGAACGUUGGUGACACUCGAAAGCUUUACCGUCUGAUCCGCCAAGUAAGCGGUAAGCCCUCUACACUGAGUGACUUUGUUCGCGAUGUGAACGGCGGCUUUAUUGCUGACAACUCGGCCAAAGUCGAGCGCUGGCGUGAGCACUUUGAGCACCAUCUCAACUUCGAUACCCAACCUACAUCGCCCUUGCUCUCCUCCUCAGCGGAGUUUCUUCCCUCUCUUACCUAUGCAGUACCAUGCGAUCCCCUCUUUGAGGAAGAAGUCGCCGAUGCCAUACGAAAGUUGCGCAACAAUAAGGCACCCGGAGAGGACGGUAUACCCGCCGAAAUCUUCAAGUCUUGUGUCGACACUCUGGCGCCCUGGCUCCAUGAGGUGAUCGAACGAGCGUGGAGAGACGAGGUUGUUCCUGAUGACUGGGGCUUAGGCAUCCUUGUACCUAUCCUCAAGAAGGGAGAUAAGACGAGAUGCGAGAACUACCGCGGCAUAAAUCUCAUCGAAGUUGCUGCGAAGAUCUUCGCUAUUGUCCUACUCAGGCGAUUCCAGGCUGUGCGUGACUCAAGGACGAGGCCCAACCAAGCCGGAUUUCGUGCUGGACGUGGCUGCGCACACCAGAUACUCACACUGAGGCACAUUCUCGAAGUUCGCCAUAGCUACCAACAACCGACGGCCGUCUGCUUCAUUACUUUGCCGCCGCGUUCGAUUCCGUUCACCGUGAGUCCAUGUGGCGGAUAAUGGCGCUAGGUGGUGUACCGGCAAAAAUCAUCGCCAUGAUCAAGGCCUACUAUCGCUCCACUACUGCGAGAGUUCUGGUCCGCACCAAUCUUUCCCAACCGUUCGGUAUUCGGUCUGGCAUCCGACAGGGUUGUAUCCUGUCACCCAUACUGCCCAACUACACUAUUGACUGGAUCCUUGGGAGGGCCCUAUGCGAGAGUGACGGCGUAGAAUUUGCACCCGGACAUCGACUGACUGAUCUCGACUAUGCCGAUGAUAUCGCCUUACUUGCUUCAAGUUUUGGUGGUCUGCAGUCUAUGGUGUCACGGGUGAACCAGGUCGCUAAAUCGGACGGUUUGUCCAUAAACGCUGGGAAGACCAAAGUGUUCUCAAGCUGCAUCCCUGACCAGGAGAAGGCACCCCUCGGGAUUGAUGGCUGUCAACUUGAAGAAGUAGACAGUUUUAAAUAUCUUGGGGCGAGGCUGCUGCCUAAUUAG